AUGAGGGUAAAGCGGGACGCCGAGUACGACGAAUUGGACGAGCGUCCAAAGCGGAAGUACCAGAAAGAUGCGAGCGGCUUACGGGUGCCGGUUGCUCAAGACAAGACCGAGAUGGGUGGCCUCGAAGAGCCUUCUGGCGAGAGCGUGUAUCGUCUGGCGUGGUUGUUUGUCGAAGGAUGGCGGCACAAGCUCCGGAAGGCCGGGGACAUGAUUGAGAGGAGUCGAUGGGAGUGGGAGCUUGACGGCACUGCCACCGUGAAUACGCACAGCCGAGCGUCUAGCUUGACGUUUGGUGUGAUCAUUGCGGACGCUCGUCAGCGGGUGCCGGAGGGACCGAAUAAGAAGAAGAAGAAGAAGCAAAGAAAGUCAGUGCAUUGGGCGUGA